AUGAUGAGGAGCGUCAGCGGCACCGGCUCGGCCGGGAGCCGGAGGAGCGACCCCGGCGGCAGCGGCGAGCUGUCCCGCUUCUCCGUGGCCACCACCACGGCGUCAUCCGCCUCGGAGCCUUCCGCGAGCGGUGGCGUGCGCGGGAUCUCCUUUCUUGACGCCUUCCGGUCCUGCUUCGUGCCCCCGGAGGCGCGCUCGCCGGAGAACUCCAUGUCCGACGAGUCCCACCCCUCCCACCAACUCUCACAGUCUCUGAGCUCACAAGGUUCUAACAGUGGGAGCGUGUUUAGGAGCAAGAGAUCAAUUAAAGGAAUGUAUAUCCCCAUGCACAAGAGUUCUUUAGAUAGGGAGAUCCCUGGCAGCACAAAAUUCUCCUUGUCACAGAUCCAGAAAGCAACAAAGAACUUCUCACCAAACUUCAAGAUUGGGCAGGGUGGUUCUGGGACUGUAUACAAGGGUCAGCUUGCUGAUGGUACUCUUGUCGCUGUCAAACGGGCCAAGAAGAAUGUGUAUGACAAGCAUAUGGGUCGUGAGUUCUGGAACGAGAUUGGGACAUUGCAAUGCAUUGAGCACCUGAAUUUGGUUAGGUUUCAUGGGUACCUGGAGUUUGGUGGCGAGCAGUUGAUUAUUGUCGAGUAUGUUCCCAAUGGGAAUCUUCGAGAGCACCUGGACUGUAUAAACGGUAAAAUAUUGGAAUUCUCAAUGAGAUUGGAAAUUGCAAUUGAUGUGGCUCAUGCUAUUACAUAUCUUCAUACCUAUUCAGACCAACCAGUCAUCCACAGGGACAUCAAAUCCUCAAACAUUCUUCUAAUGAACAAUUGUCGAGCCAAGGUUGCUGACUUCGGAUUCGCCAAACUGGCUCCAACUGAUGCUAGUCAUAUUUCUACUCAAGUCAAAGGAACAGCAGGCUAUCUUGAUCCAGAAUAUCUCAGAACAUACCAGCUCAAUGAGAAGAGUGAUGUCUACUCCUUUGGAGUCCUUCUGGUGGAGUUGGUUACUGGGAGGCGCCCUAUAGAGCCAAAGAGGUCAAUCAUUGAGCGUGUUACCACAAAAUGGGCAAUGGAAAAAUUUGUGGAGGGCAAUGCUAUCCAAACACUAGAUCCAAAUCUGGAAGCGUCCGAUGCGAUCAAUCUAGCGGUAGAGAAGUUGUACGAGCUGGCUCUGCAAUGCUUAGCUCCAACGAAGAGGAACCGACCGAGCAUGAAGCGGUCCGUAGAGAUUCUGUGGGGCAUACGUAAAGAUUACAGGGAGUUGGUUGUACCCACAUCUGCCAUGAACUGA